AUGAAUGAAGUGGCCAGUCAGUAUCCUUACCGGGAACGGAGAAAUAAGGGGUUAAAGUUCGGUCAAAUUAGGCCGGAGGAUGAGGACAGACAAGACAAUGUUGAGAACUUCUUGACACAGAAUAUGCAGCCGAGGGAGAAGACUAAUGUAGAUCGUGAAAUAAUAAAGGCUGGAUUACGAGGGAAUCUUGUGUGUUCAAGUUUGAAGGGUACGGAGAUUCAGGCGUUGACAGAAGCUAUGUUGUUUUAUGUAUUUCAUGAAGGUGAUUUGGUAUGUCAGCAAAAUGCUUUAGGUAGUCAUUUCUUUAUUAUUCAUUCUGGUGAGUUCGACGUUGUAAUUGAUGGUAAGACGGUUAAUAAGAUGCGUAAUGGACGAGCGUUUGGUGAGAUAGCAUUGAUUCAUAAUACACAGCGUAGUGCAACAGUACGUUGUGUUAAGGAUGGUGCAUUAUGGGCGGUACAGCGUUCUACGUUUCGUAACAUAUUGAAGCAAUUGUCAAGUCGUAACUUUGCUGAAAAUCGCGCGUUUCUGGAGAGUGUAAAAAUAUUUGAGAUGCUUACAGAUGGUCAAAAAAGGAUGAUUGCUAAUGCUUUAGUUGUUGAGAGCUUCGAAAAUAAGGAGGUUAUUGUUAAUAAAGGGGAUAAGGGUGAUGUUUUAUACAUUAUUAAAGAUGGUAAAGGACAAGUAUGGAUUGAUCGUGAAAUGGUUCGUGAAUUACAGAAGGGUGAUUAUUUUGGUGAACGAGCGCUGUUAUAUGAAGAACCUCGUUCAGCAACAAUUGUAGCUUCAGGACCAACGGUUUGUGUAACAAUCGGUCGUGAUAUGUUGCAGAAAGUGUUGGGUAAUUUACAACAUGUACUUUUCCGUAAUGUGAUGCUUAUCUGUCUUCAAUCCAGUACUGUAUUCCAGCAAUUUACUAAAGAACAACUAGGCGCUUUGAUAGAGGCAGCGGUAGUUAAAGAUUAUCCUGAAAAUUAUACUAUACUUGACAAGGAAACACGUAGUCGUGGUGUACGAUUCUUCAUGCUGUUGGAAGGUGAAGUCCUUGUCAGUUUAAAUGGCAAAAAAGUAGCGCGGUUAAGUCGUGGUGAUUCAUUUGGUGAAGAUUAUGUAAUGAGACCAAAAAAAUUAUUUGAACAUCGUGUUGAUUCUAUAACGGAUUGUAAGAUAGCAUUACUUACAUCUACAUCAAUAUCAUCAACUCUUGGUAGUAAUGAUAUUGAUGCUACGAUAGAAAGUAAUCAUAAACGAUCUAUUAUUCUUAAAAUGUAUAUAUUCCGUUAUCUAUCUGAAUUACAAGUUGAAUUACUUAUAAACGCAUUUAAAGAAGUCAUCUAUAAUCAAGGUGAUAAUAUAGUUAUUGAAGGUGAGAUGGGAAGUACAUUUUACAUAAUAAAGAAUGGAGAAGUUGUUAUUACUCAGAAUAAUAAGCGUUUGCGAACACUUAAUAAACAUGAUUAUUUUGGUGAACGUGCAUUACUAUAUGAUGAGCCAAGAUCUGCUACAGUUACAUGUUUAUCACAUCAAGCUGAAUUAUGGGUGGUUGAUAAAUCUGUGUUUCUACAAAUAAUAGAAGGUCCUAUGCUUAUUCAUUUAGAAGAGCGUAUUCGUUUGCAGGACACAAAAGUACAAUUUAAUGAUUUACAAGUAAUACAGACUGUAGGUAGAGGUACAUUUGGUGUUGUGAAGAAAGUGAAGCAUAAAAUUACUGGAACAAGAUUCGCUUUAAAAUGUGUGUUACGUAAAGUAAUAAUUCAAUUAAAUCAACAAGAACAUAUAUGUCUUGAACGUGAGAUUAUGGCUGAGAAUGAUCAUCCAUUUAUUCUAAAACUUGUGCGAACAUUUAAAGAUCAUCAAUACCUGUAUUUCUUAACUGAAUUAUGUACCGGUGGUGAAUUAUAUAAUGCAAUACGAAAACUUGGUUUAUUAAGUAGACCUCAAGCACAGUUUUAUUUGGCAUCUAUUAUUGUUGCUAUGGAAUAUUUACAUGAGCGUAAUAUUGCAUAUAGAGAUUUGAAACCUGAGAAUGUUCUUCUUGAUAAUCAAGGAUAUUCUAAACUUAUAGAUUUUGGAUGCGCUAAAAAAAUCAAGGAACGCACUUAUACUCUUGUAGGAACACCUCAUUAUAUGGCUCCUGAAGUAGUCCUAGGUAAAGGAUAUACAUUAACUGCUGAUAUAUGGACAUUUGGUAUUGUCUUAUAUGAGUUUAUAUGCGGACCUUUACCAUUUGGUAAUGAUGCUGAAGAUCAAUUAGAAAUAUUCAGAGAUAUCCUAACAGGUAAACUUGUAUUCCCACCAUACGUUGAUGAUCAAGCUGCUAUGGGACUUAUUAGAAGACUAUUAUGCAGACUACCUGAAUUAAGAUUAGGCUGCUCACUCAACGGAUAUAAAGAUUUAAAGGAACAUGCAUUCUUCGCUGACUUCAAUUGGGACAAACUCAUGGGACGCGCACUCACACCUCCUCUCGUACCACAAGGAGAGGUAUACGCCGAAGAUAUGACCGAUGAACAAGAACAAGAUGAACAACCUGACUUCACAAAUGACCCCAAUAACCCUGCUGAACAACUUCAAGAAGAAUAUGAAUGGGACCGCGAUUUUUAA